AUGCCGACUCUCGGGUUUUUGAAGAAGAAGAAGAAAGAUAAAGAUUCCUUGCAUGCGAGAAAGGACAGCUCCCAGUCCGAAAUUCGAGAAUCAGAGCCGCCAACCCCGACCUCCGCGACCGCAACUACUCCAAUAACCUCGCACCACAACUCGCUCAAGCCUUCGAUUGAGUCCGCUUCCUCGGUCUCAACUGCUCCGCUCCAAAACCCCUCCAACCCCUCCGUUCCCGUUGAAUCCAUGGCACUGGUCUCCGAUCAUCGGCCAAUGAUACCGGAACACCAACAGCAGUAUCCCCACUCUCAUACCUCCCAACAGCAACACCAGAAUCAGCCUCAUCAGAGUAACAUCAACAGUAUCAUAAACCCUCCACAGCCUGGCGACUAUGCGAGACCUUAUGACAAUAGCAGCUCACAACAAAAUACUCCAGCUCAUUCUGAUAUGAUACAAUCCCAAAGCGCAGGGACUAAUGCGGGCAACGCUGGGACGCAGGAGCGAAAGCCGGAUGAACAGCCGCAACAGAGUUCCACCGUACGCACAACCAAAGGAAAAUAUUCACUAGGUGACUUUGCUAUCCAAAGGACUCUAGGAACUGGAAGCUUUGGAAGAGUUCACCUUGUUCAGUCACGACAUAACCUUAGGUUUUAUGCAGUGAAGGUCUUGAAGAAAGCUCAGGUGGUCAAGAUGAAACAGGUUGAGCACACCAAUGAUGAAAGGCGGAUGUUGCAGAAAGUAAAGCAUCCGUUCUUGAUAACUCUAUGGGGGACUUUCCAAGACGCCAAAAACUUAUAUAUGGUGAUGGACUUUAUCGAGGGGGGGGAGCUCUUUAGUCUGCUACGAAAAUCCCAGCGGUUUCCGAAUCCCGUUGCAAAGUUCUACGCAGCUGAAGUUGCGCUUGCCUUGGAUUAUCUUCAUUCGCAUCAUAUCAUCUAUAGAGAUCUCAAACCCGAGAAUCUGCUUUUAGAUCGUCACGGUCACUUAAAGAUAACAGAUUUCGGUUUUGCGAAAGAAGUUCCCGACAUUACGUGGACAUUGUGUGGCACCCCGGAUUACUUGGCGCCCGAGGUUGUCGCUUCUAAAGGUUACAACAAAUCUGUAGAUUGGUGGUCGCUGGGUAUUUUAAUCUUUGAGAUGCUUUGUGGUUAUACACCCUUCUGGGAUGGUGGAAGUCCUAUGAAGAUUUACGAAAACAUUCUGAAAGGGCGUGUCAAAUAUCCGGCUUACAUUCAUCCCGAUGCCCAGGACCUACUUCAGCAGCUUAUAACGCCAGAUUUGACGAAGCGGCUGGGGAAUUUACUCCACGGCAGCAGCGACAUCAAGCAACAUCAGUGGUUUGCAGAGGUUAACUGGGAGCGUUUAGCCAGAAAGGAUAUUGAGGCACCUUAUGUACCGCCAGUUAGAGGUGGUGUCGGUGAUUCAAGUCAAUUCGACCGCUACCCAGAAGAGCAGGAGGAGUACGGGACCGGUGACAACUACGAUCAAUACGGACAUUUGUUUGAGGAGUUCUGA